AUGUCUUACUUUCAGAAUCAAAUCAGCUCGUUCAGCACGAGUGUUAUCUCAGCGGCUAGUCGACUUCCUCAAGAACGACGACCGACCAGCACUGCAGCUACUACGGCCACAGUCCCAACGACCACAUCAGCGCCGUCUACAUCCAGCUCCGCGCCUUUGACAAACGGGAAACGACAAGAUGCAGAUAUUGUUUACUCCCAACCCGCGAACACGGGAACAGGCAAAGAUAUUAUGACGCAAGUGGUAUUCGCAAUUGAGCAUAUGAAGAGCAAAGACUCUCCGCUCAAAUUUUCCGAUAUCCAAUCGUAUUUGUCCUUGCAUCGACAGGGACACGAUCAGGCGUACAUACAUGCCCUGCGGCGUAUUCUACAGUCGCACGAUAAGGUCGAGUACGACCCGAAAGGGGCACAAGGUGAAGGGACUUUUCGUUUUCGGCCUCCUCACAAUAUCAGGUCGGCCGAUCAGCUUCUUCAGAAGCUUCAGUCCCAACCCACUGCGCAAGGAAUGAGUGUUCGAGAGCUCCGCGAAGGUUGGCCAAAUAUCGUUACCGCAAUAAACGAAUUGGAAAGAGACGGAAAAUUAUUAGUGACGAGGAACAAAAAAGAUGAUAAUCCUCGAAUGGUGUGGCCAAAUGAUCCCUCUUUAGUACAUCACUUCGACCCCGAGUUCCGGCAGAUUUGGGAGAAAGUCAAAAUUCCAGAUCAGCAGACGGUGGCUGAUGAGCUUGAAAAGGCCGGGAUUACCCCGACAAGCAAACAUAAGCCUGUAAAACAACGUCCAAAAGUCGAGCAAAAGAAAGUAAAGAAACCUCGAAGAAGCGGCAAAACUACCAACACUCAUAUGGCCGGAAUUCUACGAGAUUAUUCUCAUCUUAAAAGAUAA